AUGAAGGAGCUGGAGGUGGAUGGUGUAGUUGAGCACUCUGAUCGACCGUGGUCGUCUCCAAUCGUGUUGCCACGAAUAACAAGCAGAACAGAGCAUGGAAGCGACAGAGUGAAGAAAUCUAAGAGACCUAUCUUCAGGCAUGAAAUGCAACAGUUCAGGUGGCCAACGUUGUUAGGGAAAAAAUGGGAUUUGCAGAGGAAUGGAUUGCUAUGUUGGAAUGCUGGUAACACUCUUAGGCAUUUGAGAUGCACUAGUAGCAUGAGUGCCAGUAUCUCAGCUGGGGUGUCAGAACAAAGCAAGCCUUUUUCUUCAAUACCAGGGCCACUUAGACUGCCUCUUAUUGGUACUUUGUUGCCCUACAAGAUUGGUCUUAAGAAGAUCAAAGACUACCACUACCAUGUGUGUGACCUCUACCACCAGUAUGGACCCCUUGUAAAGGAACACUUUGGGUCACAGGUCAUUGUGCAUGUGUUUGACCCAGCUGACAUUCGCACUGUGUAUGAGAAUGAUGGCAAGACCCCAUACAUUCCACCAUUGCAGGAAACGACACAGUUUUAUCGUCAGGAGAAAGAUAUGUCACUUGGUCUUGGAAAUAUUAAUGGAGAAGAAUGGUACAAGCUCCGGCAUGCCGUGCAGAUGAUGAUGCUCCGUCCACGUGAGGUGAGCUACUACUACCCCUUACAAGAUGGAGUGGCGAAAAAGGCUAUCGAGAAGCUAGCAGCAGAGGUGGAUGAGGAUGGGGUUGUCUCCAAUCUGAACACACUCAUUAGCCAGUGGAUUCUUGAAUCUGCAGGCAUGUGUUGCUUUGAGAAAUCCCUUGGUUGCCUUAGUGGAGGUGAUGAAGAAGAAAUGGCAAAGAAUCUGGUCAGGACAAAUGUGGAAAUAUUUCAGCUGUCCGCAGAACUGAAGUUUUCAAUGAGAAUAUAUCGGUAUUUCAAGACUAGGAAGUAUAGGAAGCUUCAUAAUCUUGAGGACUUUUUUUAUGGGGUCUCCAUAGACUUCAUUACUGAUGCACUGAAUCACAUUAAGGGCCUUUCAGCAGAGAACAAACUGAAGGAGGGAGACUUCAACUUCCUCACUUACUUGAUGUCACGGAAAGAGCUCUCCCAUAAGGAUAUUGUGACCAUCACUCUUUCACUGUUUUCCGACGGUCUUUCUACGACAUCACCUGUCCUCUUGGGGAACCUGCACUGUUUGGCUCUGAAUCCUGAAGUACAAGAACGACUCUAUGAGGAAAUAAAAAAGAAUAUCGAUCCAUCUUCACCAAUAACAGUACACACAAUCAAUAAGCUACACUAUCUGAAGGCUUUUGUGAAAGAGGUGUUUAGGUUCUACCCAGUGGGAGAAAGUGUUCAACGUCUCCCUCAAAAGGACCUUGUUCUCAGUGGCUUCCAUGUGCCAGCUGGUACGUAUCUUGAUCUAAAUCCAUACCUGUGGUUGCUGAGUGACAUGUACUUCAGUGAUCCUCUGGUUUUGCGUCCUGAGAGAUGGCUUAGGGAUUCUGCAGGAACCCUGGCAGUCGAUCCCUACAUUCUAAACCCAUUCAGCAUUGGAACUCGAAUGUGUGCCGGGCGGAGAUUUGCGGAACAGGACCUGUUUGUGGGGCUGUGCAGGCUGCUCCUCAAAUACCGACUAGAAGCUACAGACAACUCCCCUCCAAGGCAAGAAUGGAGUGUCUUGCUGAAGCCAAAAUCUCCACUGCCAAUACGAUUUAUUGCUAGGAAGUGAUUGCAAUUUUUCAAAAUAUUUUUUUUCUAAAUGUUUAUAUUUCCAAAAUUGCUUUUGUAGAAAAAAGUCUUUAAGUUAUCUAAAUUGAACAAUGAAUCUGCAAUUUAAUCUUGACAUUUUUGCAAAGUAGUUCAGAUUUAAUGUUUAGCAGAAGUGCCUUCUACUUUUACAAACACCAACUUAACCCAUUUGCCCCGGAUUUAUUUUCUGUCCCCUGUAGUUUUUGGUGAAUUUUGUUACAUACAGAUGGCUCCACAUGUGCUCAGCUGGCAAGGAGUCUAUCAGUAGGCCCUAGUUACUGAUCCUGAUUUUCCCAUUCAUUGAAUUGGCGGGAAAAUUAACACCAUUGCUAUCGAUACUGUUAUUAUUGUUAUUAACGUUAUGAUUAUUAAAUUGCCAUUAGAAUAUUUUAGACAAUGAGAUGAUACAAAAAACCCUUUCCGAAAGUGAAGGAAAAGGGUAAACAGGUAAAAUAGGUAGUUCUUGAUAACUGGCUAUUUGGUGAUUAAGAACUUAUGGAGCCAUCUAUGUGUAAAUACAAUAAAUAAACGUGUAUCGAAGUGGGCAUAGCGAAUGGGUUAAAAGGCAGCUUUGUAUGGACAACAUACAUACCCAUAGUGGCAGCCAAAUGCAAAUGUUCACAACAUGUUAAUGGAGAGACCUCUGCUAAACUACAGAUAUAUUUUGACAAAGUGAAUUCCUUGUUAACCCAUUGGCCACGGAUUUAUGUUCUGUCCCCUGUUGGUUUUGGUGAAUUUUGCUACCUACAGAUGGCUCCACAUAUACUCAGCCGGCAAGGAGUCUAUCAGUAGGCCCUAGUUACCGACCCUGAUUUUCCCAUUCAUUGAAUUGGCGGGAAAAUUAAUAUCAUUGCUUUCGAUGCUGUUAUUAUUGUUACUGAUGUUAUGAUGAUUGAAUUGUCAUUAGAAUAUUUUUGACAAUAAGAUGAUACAAAAAACCCUUUCCGAAAGUGAAGGAAAAGGCUAAACAGGUGAAAUAGGUAGUUCUUGAUAACUGGCUAUUUGGUGAUUAAGAACUUGUAGAGCCAUCUAGGUGUAAAUACAGUAAAUAAACGUGUAUCAAAGUGGGUAUGGCAUCUAUUCUUGCCAACCGCGGCCAAUGGGUUAAGUUGAGAUGUUGAGAUUGAAGGAAAUGGAAUAUUUUAUUUUAGAUGAAUGAAGGCUAUUACUUACAGGCUUUUGCCAUAAAACUCAUUCACAAGAUCUUGUCAGGGAUGAAUUUUUUUGUUAUUUUUUGCACAAAUGUUGGUAAUAUUGUGAAGAAAUAGGCAGCAGUUAAACCAUAGAUGUAUUUGGGUUUUGGUGCAAUGAGAUGUAUAGAUGUAUUAAAAUUUAAGGCAACUAAAUGUUUCAUGUGAUAUGAAAAUAUGUUUUACUUGUUUAAGGGAAUGUAUUUUUUUUAUAUGGCUUUGGCCAUGUUCUUGAAGGUGUAUUACCAGUGCAUCUUCAUGGAGAGAAACAAUCUUUCUUAGUUGGCUGAAAACUCUGAGCUUUAUUUUAGUUUUGUAAAGAAAGUCAUUGGGAUUGGAGAUGUAUGGCUAGCAAUGUCUCAAAUCACCAGACUAGCACUAAAUAACCUCACAAACAUGGAAGAUAUUUUAGCUUUAAACCUUUUAGUUUUUGGACUAGGGAGGAUUUGAAUGAAAAGAUGUUAUAGAUGACAAAUGUUUUCAAUUUAAUUUUUGAAGGAGAAUGGUUUAAAUCAACAGUGCAAUCGUUUGCUUUUGUAUCUUGUAUGGAUAUAAAAGCAGCUUGAGCAGUCCAAAAGAGCUGUAGAUAUAUAGCCUACUUAUAUACCAUCACUUGGGUGGUAUAGCUUUUUGGUAGAGAGCUGACUUUGCAUAUUUUUUUACUUUUUAAAGGCCUGACUGUGCUUGAGUGGCUGUUGGCAUUAGUUGGAGUUAGGGACAGAAGGAACUCCAUCUUGUGAUUUAGUACACUAGCUCUUCUCUGGACAUAUCCUUUGUUAUAAGACCAACUUUUUUAUGUUAUGGGACCAACUUUUUUUUUGCCUUUGCUAUGCUAUCAUAUUCUUUACUUAUGAUAUUGGGUUUCCAUAUCAAUAAUAUUUUGACCUGUUUACAUAUCAAAACUGAAGUACAAAUUAAAACUGAAGUUUCACAAACACGAAAAUGCACACUUAGUAAAGGUUUAUUUUAUAGGUAGUUGUGUUAACCCAAUGCUGCCAGGGAAAAUGAAUAAAAAAUGGGGAAAAUGCUGUGCUCAUUUUCUAUAUUUUUUGUGAAAUGUCUCUGCACAUAGAUGUGACCUUACAUGAUUUGAAUUGGCGGGAAAAUGUAUUUUUUACUAGUGCUAUGAAUAUAGAUGGUGUUAUUUUUAUUAUAAACAUUAUAAUUACUAUAAUGUUAUAAACAUUAGUAACAGCAAAAUAAGAUAACAUAAAAUAUUUUCAUAAAAGAAAAGGGUAAACAGGAGGGACAG